GUUCGACAGGCACUUUGUUCAGGAUUUUUCCGGAACGCAGCAAAAAAAGAUCCUCAGGAGGGAUACAAAACGCUCAUCGAAGGCACUCCGGUAUACAUUCAUCCCAGCUCGGCGCUAUUUGGUAAGCCCGCGGAAUGGGUGAUCUACCAUGACAUCCUCAUGACCAGCAAGGAAUAUAUGCGAGAGGUGACUGCCAUUGAACCAAAGUGGCUGGUAGAGGCUGCGCCCAACUUCUUCAAGGUCGCCGAGGGGCUCUCGAAGCGGAAAAAACAGGAAAAAAUCGAGCCGCUGUUUAAUCGGUUCCAGGACAAGGACGACUGGCGGAUCAGCCGGCAACGCAAGUCGGGCAAGGGAUCAAGUACGUUUGGAUAGAUUUGUUUUAGAUACAUACUGUAGCCAAUCAGAACCACCGGGUUGUAUGCGCAUACAUCCCCGUACAAUUGCAGCAGCAUACAUCCCGGGU